AUGAAGUUCUUUAUCGAUGAUUUGCCGGUAAUUUUUCCGUAUCCCAAAAUCUAUCCAGAGCAGUACCAGUACAUGUGCGAUAUCAAGAAAACUUUAGAUGCUGGUGGGAACAGUAUCUUGGAAAUGCCUUCGGGGACUGGUAAAACGGUGUCUCUACUUUCUCUCGCCGUAGCAUAUCAAACACACUACUCAGAGCAUCGUAAGAUCAUUUAUUGCUCCCGUACAAUGUCAGAAAUCGAGAAAGCACUCGUAGAACUGGAAUCAUUAAUGGAUUAUAGGGCUAAAGAACUAGGACAUAAAGAGCAUUUUCGUGGGAUAGGUCUCACCAGUAGAAAAAACCUGUGUUUGCAUCCAAGAGUUCGAAAGGAGAGAAAGGGAACCGUAGUGGAUGAAAAAUGUCGUCGGAUGACAAACGGACAGAACAAACGUAUUUUAGAGCAAGAUCCUGAAGCCAACGUUGAGCUUUGUGAUUUCCACGAAAACCUUUACAGCAUGGAGCCUGAAAACUACGUUCCGGUGGGUGUGUUUUCAUUCGAAAAAUUGAUAAAAUAUUGUGAAGAAAGGACGAUGUGUCCGUAUUUCACUGUUCGUCGAAUGAUUUCCAUGUGCGAUAUUAUGAUUUAUUCUUACCAUUAUCUACUGGAUCCCAAGAUUUCUGAAAGAGUCUCAAGAGAGGUGUCAAAGGAUGCUAUAGUUAUAUUCGACGAGGCCCACAAUAUUGAUAACGUUUGCAUCGAGUCUCUGUCGCUGGAUUUAACCAACGACGUUUUGAAACGAGCUACUAAAGGUGCCAAUGAUUUGGCUGACAAAAUACAUGAAGUGAGGCAAGUUGACGCCCAGAAACUACAAGAUGAAUAUGAGAAACUGGUGAAUGGUCUUCGUGGCCCAGAUAUACUUGGUACAACUGAAGAACCUCCCGUGGAAUCACCCGUUCUUUCUCAAGAUUUGCUCAAAGAAGCUAUACCAGGAAAUAUACGAAGAGCCGAACACUUUGUAUCAUUUUUGAAAAGAUUCAUAGAGUAUUUGAAGACCAGAAUGAAGGUUUUGCAUGUCAUUUCUGAAACUCCAAACUCUUUUCUCCAGCAUCUGAAACAGCUAACUUUUAUCGAAAAGAAACCUCUUCGAUUCUGUUCUGAGCGUCUAUCCCUUCUCGUUAGAACUUUGGAAGUGACGGACAUCGAAGAGUUCAAUGCCCUAAAAGAUAUUGCCAGUUUCGCUACUUUGAUUUCUACCUAUGAAGAUGGUUUUACACUAAUCAUUGAGCCUUACGAAAUCGAAAAUGCUGCAGUCCCAAAUCCUAUUAUGAGAUUCACAUGCCUCGAUGCCUCAAUCGCCAUAAAGCCGGUGUUUGAGAAGUUUUCAUCCGUCAUCAUCACUUCGGGAACCAUUUCGCCUCUCGACAUGUAUCCUAAAAUGCUUGAUUUCGAAACAGUUUUACAAGAAUCCUACGCCAUGACGCUUGCCAAAAAAUCGUUUUUGCCUAUGAUUGUCACUAAAGGCUCUGAUCAAGUCGCUAUUUCGUCCCGUUUUGAAAUUAGAAAUGAUCCUAGUAUUGUCAGAAACUACGGUUCAAUGCUAGUAGAAUUUGCGAAAAUUACACCUGAUGGAAUGGUUGUUUUCUUUCCUUCCUAUCUCUACAUGGAAAGCAUCAUUUCAAUGUGGCAAACCAUGGGGAUACUGGAUGAGGUAUGGAAAUAUAAAUUAAUUCUAGUGGAGACGCCUGAUGCACAAGAAACUUCACUGGCUUUGGAGACAUAUCGAAAAGCAUGCUCCAAUGGUCGCGGUGCGAUUUUAUUAUCAGUUGCCAGAGGAAAAGUUUCAGAAGGAAUCGAUUUUGACCACCAUUUCGGCCGGACGGUGCUCAUGAUUGGAAUACCCUUUCAAUACACCGAAUCACGUAUCCUGAAAGCACGACUGGAGUUCUUGAGAGAGCACUAUCAAAUAAGAGAAAACGAUUUCCUUUCUUUUGACGCCAUGCGACAUGCCGCCCAAUGCUUGGGUAGAGUACUGAGAGGAAAAGAUGAUUACGGUGUCAUGGUACUAGCAGAUCGGAGAUUUGCGAGGAAAAAAACUCAGCUACCAAAAUGGAUAGCCCAGGGUUUAUCUGAUGCCGAUCUCAAUCUAUCAACAGAUAUGGCGGUUGCCAACACUAAGCAGUUUCUGAGGACCAUGGCUCAACCAACAGAUCCAAAAGAUCAGGAGGGCGUUUCACUGUGGAACUACGAACAACUUUUGAAAUAUCAGAGGGAUCAUCAAGAAAAAGGAAAAGGCUUCCUUCAAGUUGCGUCGAGUGAAGAUAAAGACGAUGACGGGGAUGUUGAUAUGAAGUGA